CCGAGAGCCCUGCCUCUUUUCUCAUUGGACUGCGCGGCCAAGCCAAGCUGUCAGCCCAUGUGGCGUGGCCAGGCAGAAUGUGAGACAUUUAAAUUCAUCAGAGUAAAAAGACUCAGAAGCACGAAGGCCAACGUCAACCUCUUUAGACAGACAGGGAAGCGACAGAGACACAGUUACAGUAAGAGGAACAGCACCGGGGGAGCCGUAUAGGGUAGCUAACGGAAACAACCGAUAGUAUACAUGCCAAACAGGCGCUAACUCUUCACCAAGUGGUUCGAAUUUGUGAUAUUUUGGUGACAUCAAACCGGUCCGGGCAGCACAGCAAUUCAGCAUGGAUGAGAUAGUCAUAGCAGGGAUAUCGGGCCGUUUGCCCGAGUCUAACAACCUGGAGGAAUUCUGGGAAAACCUCCUCAACGGUGUGGACAUGGUGACAGAGGACAACCGGCGGUGGACACCAGGUCUGUACGGUCUUCCAAAGAGGAAUGGUAAACUGAAGGAUAUCAGCCACUUCGAUGCAGCCUUCUUCGGAGUCCACCCCAAACAGGCCAACACCAUGGACCCCCAGCUCCGGCUCAUGCUGGAGAUUGCCUACGAGGCCAUCGUAGACGGAGGACUGAACCCGACCACACUGCGCGGCAGUAAGACAGGCGUCUACAUCGGAGUGAGCGGCUCAGAGGCUGGCGAGGCCUUCAGCAGAGAUCCAGAGGAGCUACUGGGCUACAGCAUGACUGGCUGCCAGCGCGCCAUGUUGGCCAACAGACUCUCCUACUUCUUUGACUUCAGUGGCCCCAGCACCGCCAUAGACACAGCCUGCUCCUCCAGCCUGCUGGCUUUAGAAAACGCCUUCCACGCCAUACGCCAAGGCCAAUGUGACGCCGCUCUGGUGGGGGGAGUCAACCUGCUACUCAAGCCAAACACCUCGGUGCAGUUCAUGAAACUGGGCAUGCUCAGUCCUGAGGGGACCUGCAAGUCCUUUGACUCAUCAGGAAAUGGAUACUGCCGUUCUGAGGCAGCGGUGGCAGUACUGCUGACCAAGCGGUCGGCGGCUAAAAGGGUCUACGCCACGGUGCUUAAUGCUGGCAACAACACAGAUGGAUACAAAGAGCAGGGUGUAACGUUCCCUUCAGGUGAGAUGCAGCAGAGGCUGGUUCGUUCUCUCUACCAGGAAGCCAAUGUAACUCCUGAGCAGGUGGAGUACGUCGAAGCCCACGGCACCGGAACAAAGGUCGGCGACCCACAGGAAGUAAAUGGCAUUGUCGGUGUGUUCUGUCAAUCAAAGCGAGAGCCUCUGCUCAUUGGCUCCACUAAGUCCAACAUGGGCCAUCCAGAACCGGCCUCUGGUCUGGCUGCUCUGGCAAAGGUGUUGCUUUCUUUGGAGCGAGGAGUCUGGGCUCCAAACCUGCACUUCAAAAGUCCUAACCCCGACAUUCCUGCCCUUACCGACGGCCGGGUUCAAGUUGUCGACCGGCCCAUUCCCAUUCGAGGCGGCAUUGUAGGCAUCAACUCCUUUGGAUUUGGAGGUUCGAAUGUUCACGUGAUCCUCCGCCCAGCAGAGAGACCGGCCGAUGUGGCCGCACCCUCCAGGACUGUUCCGAGGCUGCUUCAGGCCUGUGGCCGCACAGAGGCUGCGGUGAACGCUAUGCUCCAAAAGGGGAAGGAGCACGCUGCAGAUGAGAGCUUCCUGUCUUUGCUGAACGAGGUGUCGGGUGUUCCUACUGCCAGCAUGCCCUACCGAGGCUACACUCUGAUUGGCUCACAGAGUGACGCCACAGAGGUGCAGCAGCUGCAGGCCACCGGCAGGCCGCUCUGGUACAUCUGUUCAGGUAUGGGAACACAGUGGGCAGGUAUGGGCCGCAGCCUCAUGCAGCUGCCAGAUUUCAGGGAGUCCAUCCUGCGGUCGGAUGAAGCCCUGAAGGACACCGGCCUGGUGGUGUCUCGCCUGCUCAUGGAGGCAGAUGAAGCUACUUUUGAAGACACUGCUCACGCCUUUGUCGCCCUCGCUGCCAUACAGAUAGCUGAGAUUGACCUGCUCACUAAGAUGGGUCUGCAGCCUGACGGCAUUGUGGGACACUCGGUGGGAGAGCUGGCCUGCGGCUAUGCUGACGGCUCCCUCAGCCACAGUGAGGCCAUCCUCGCCGCCUACUGGAGAGGCCGCUGCAUCAAGGAGGCCAAUCUUCCUCCAGGAGGCAUGGCUGCAGUCGGGUUGACCUGGCAGGAGUGUCUGGCUCAGUGUCCUCAGGGAGUGGUCCCAGCCUGCCACAACGCCGAGGACACCGUCACCAUCUCUGGUCCUCAGGAAGCAAUCAGUAAAUUUGUGUCUGAGCUGAAGGAGCAGGGAGUGUUUGCAAAGGAGGUGCGCAGCGCUGGUGUCGCUUUCCACUCCUACUACAUGGCCUCCAUCGCUCCAACCCUGCUGGCUGCUCUGAAGAAGGUGAUCAAAGAGCCACGGCAGCGCUCCUCCCGCUGGAUCAGCACCAGCAUCCCACAGUCUGAGUGGGACUCUCCUCUGGCUCUGUAUAGCUCGGCUGACUACCAUGUCAACAACCUGGUGAGCCCGGUGCUGUUCCAGGAGGGCCUCAGUCUGGUGCCUGAAAACGCUGUGGUGGUGGAGAUAGCGCCUCACGCUCUGCUGCAGGCCAUCCUGAAGCGUAGCCUGAAGCACACGUGUUCCAUCCUCCCCUUGAUGAAGAGAGGCCACACCAACAACCUCGAGUUCUUCCUUUCAAACAUUGGCAAAAUUUACAUGAACGGCAUCAACGUGGAUGCUAACAACAUCUGCCCAGCGGUGAAGUACCCUGUGCCAGUUGGUACCCCUCUGAUCUCCCCCUUGGUGCAGUGGGACCAUGCCCAGACCUGGGAUGUCCCCAAGGUAGAGGACUUUUCCUCUGGCUCAGGAGGAUCCAAUUCUGCCACCGUCUAUAACAUUGACAUUAACCCAGAGUCUGCAGACUACUACAUGAUUGGACACUGCAUUGAUGGGCGUGUCCUCUACCCAGCGACGGGUUACCUGGUGCUGGCCUGGCGCACCUUGGUGAGAAAUCUGGGGGUUGUCAUGGACACCACCCCUGUAACCUUUGAAGAUGUCACCAUCCACAGGGCCACCAUCCUGCCAAAGACCGGCUCUGUCCAGUUGGAGGUGCGUCUCAUGCCGGCCACCAACAAGUUUGAGGUUUCAGAGAAUGGAAACCUGGCUGUCAGCGGUAAGGUGAGCAUUCUGGAGGAUGCAGCGCUCGAUUCAUUCCAUAGUCAGAUAAGUCAACAAGCUGCCAACGACAGUGGUGACCCCAAAAUGAAGCUCACGGCCCAUGAUGUCUACAAAGAGCUGCGGUUGCGUGGCUAUGACUAUGGAAAGACCUUCCAAGGGAUCUUAGAGUCCAACAAUGCAGGAGACUGUGGGAAAUUGCAGUGGACAGGAAACUGGGUGACCUUUCUCGACACCAUGCUGCAGAUGAUUGUGGUCGGGCUGUCGGGUCGUAGUCUGCGUUUGCCAACCAGGAUCCGCUCAAUGUGUGUUGAUCCAGCUAUCCACCUGGAGAAGGUCUGCGAGUACGCUGACGGAAAGCAAGCUGUGGAUGUCAACGUAAACCGUUGCCUUGACAACAUUGUUGCUGGCGGAGUCCAGAUCUGCGGCCUGCACGCCACCGUGGCCCCCCGUCGACAGCAGCAGCAGAGUGCUCCCACCCUGGAGGAGUUUGUGUUUGUUCCCUAUGUGGAGACUGAGUGUCUGACAGCUAAUGGGAAACUCGCAGAGCAGUUGAGGCUCUGCAAAGGUUUAAUCACCAGACUGCAGCAGAAGUUGGCCCCUCACGGCGUCAAGCUCUCCAUCCCUGGGCUACAGGGGGAGUUGGACGGCCCUCUUCCCAGCCCAGAGCCCUCUGAACCUGGUCUGGUGCGACUGCUGGCCCUGCUCUGCGGCCUGGAGCUGAACGGGAACCUUCGGUCCGAGCUGCAGCAGACUGUGGAGAAGGAGAGGGCGUGUCUGCUGCAAGACGGCCUGCUGCAGGGUCUGCUGGACCACCCGGCCCUCAGACACUGCCUGGACACCACCUUAGAAAACAGCAUGCCAGGCAAGAUCAAAGUCGUGGAGGCUCUCUCCAAUGACGGCCAGCUCUUCUCUCGCGUGGUAGCCCUCCUCAACAUCCAGCCCAUGCUGCGCGUGGAUUACACCGCCACGGCGCCCGACCUGAGUCUCCUGACUCCACAUCAAUCUGCCCUGGAGGAGCUGGCGGUCACAUCAGCUCAGUGGGACCCCCUGACUGGCCCGGCUCCCGGAGGGGCAGUAGGAGGGGCAGAUCUGGUGUUGUGUAACCACGCAUGGGGCCCUCUGAGGACAGACCCUGAACUGCUGGUGGCAAAUCUGGCUUCUGGAGCCAAACAAGGGGGUUUUGUUCUCCUCCACACUCUGCUUAAGGGAGAGACUCUGGGGGAAACUGUUGCCUUCCUCUCCAGCACCACUCAGAGCAGCAGCCAGCAAGGACUGCUCACACAGGCUGAGUGGGAAAAGGUGUUCUCCUCAGCCUCCCUCAGCCUCGUGGCUGUCAGGAAGUCUUUUUACGGCUCGGCCCUCUUUCUGUGUCGCUGUCAUUCUCCGGGCACACAGCCUGUUUUCCUGCCUGUGGACAGCACCGACUACAAGUGGGUGGAGACACUCAAGGAGACGAUUGCUGAAUCAUCAGACUGUCCAGUGUGGUUGACUGCCUCUCAGGCCCACUGUGGCAUUGUGGGAAUGGUCAACUGUCUACGGCAGGAGCCAGGUGGCAACCGAAUACGCUGUGCGUUUGUGUCCAAUCUAAACGGGUCUUCAGCUGCACCGACCCUCCAGCCGACCCACAAGUCCAUGCAGUCAGUGCUGGAGGGGGAUCUGGUUAUGAAUGUGUUCAGAGACGGACACUGGGGCGUCUUCAGGCACCAGCUCAUCACUCACGAUCUAAAUGAAGAGCUGACAGAGCAGGCUUACGUCAAUGUGUUGACUCGAGGUGAUCUGUCUUCUCUGCGCUGGAUCGCCUCCCCACUGCGCCACUUUGUGUCCAGCAAUCCCAACGUGCAGCUAUGUCGUGUCUACUACAGCUCGCUCAACUUCAGAGAUAUCAUGCUGGCCACUGGCAAACUGCCACCAGACGCUAUUCCAGGUGACCUAGCUCUGCAGCAGUGCAUGUUGGGUAUGGAGUUUUCUGGUCGUGACCCAAACGGUCGGCGUGUGAUGGGGCUGCUGCCCGCUAAAGGCCUGGCAACAAGUGUGGACGCUGACAAACGGUUCCUCUGGGAUGUUCCCUCCAGCUGGACUCUGGAGCAGGCAGCCUCUGUGCCCGUGGUCUAUGCCACAGCCUACUACUCUCUGGUGGUGCGCGGCAGGCUCCGCCCCGGAGAGUCUGUUCUCAUCCACUCUGGGUCAGGGGGGGUCGGCCAGGCUGCCAUCGCCAUAGCACUCAGCAGGAAAUGCAAAGUCUUCACUACAGUCGGCUCUAAGGAGAAGCAGGCCUACCUGCAGGAGAGGUUCCCUCAGCUCUUAGCGGAGUCCUUCGCCAACUCCAGAAACACCUCCUUUGAACAGCACGUCCUGCUCCACACACAGGGCAAAGGUGUGGAUGUGGUGCUGAACUCUCUGGCAGAGGAGAAGCUUCAGGCUAGUAUCCGCUGCCUGGCCAGACACGGGCGGUUCCUGGAGAUUGGCAAAUACGACCUUUCCAACAACUCCCCACUGGGCAUGGCUCUGUUCCUGAAGAACGUAGCCUUCCAUGGCAUCCUGCUAGAUGCUCUCUUUGAAGAGGGCAACCGGGAGUGGGAGGAAGUGUCCGAGCUGCUGAAGGAAGGCAUUGUGGGAGGUGUAGUUCAACCUCUGAAGACCACAGUAUUUGAGAGGGACCAAGUGGAGGAAGCUUUCAGAUACAUGGCUCAGGGCAAGCACAUUGGCAAGGUCCUCCUGCAGGUCCGUCAGGAGGAGAAGGGUGCAGCAGUCCAAACUGCUCCCCCUUUGUCUUUUCCAGCUAUCUGUCGCACCUUCUGCCACCCUUCCCGCUCCUACAUCAUCACAGGAGGACUGGGGGGCUUUGGUCUAGAGCUUGCUCAGUGGUUGACAGAAAGAGGAGCCAAAAAACUGGUCCUGACUUCCAGAUCAGGCAUCAGGAACGGUUACCAGGCAAAGCGAGUGCGUGAAUGGCAGAGUCAAGAUGUGGAAGUGCUGGUGUCCACCAAUGAUGUCAGCACACUGGAGGGAACAGAGCAGCUCGUCGCUGAGGCCCGCGCAAUGGGCCCAGUGGGCGGUGUCUUCCACCUGGCCAUGGUGUUGAAAGAUGGCAUGUUGGAGAAUCUGACUCCUCAGCUCUUCCUUGAUGUUAACAAACCUAAAUAUGACGGCACCAUACACCUGGACAAAGUGACAAGAAAGUCGUGUCCGGACCUCAACUACUUCGUGGCCUUCUCCUCAGUCAGCUGCGGCCGUGGAAAUGCCGGCCAGAGCAACUACGGUUACGCCAACUCAGCCAUGGAGCGUGUAUGUGAAAAACGCCGCUACGACGGCGUACCUGGACUGGCGGUCCAGUGGGGUGCCAUCGGCGACGUAGGCGUGGUGCUGGAGACCAUGGGUGGCAACGACGCAGUGAUUGGCGGCACCCUCCCGCAGCGCAUUGCAUCCUGCUUGGAGGUGCUGGACCUCUUCCUGUGCCAGCAGAGGCCAGUGAUGUCCAGCUUUGUGCUGGCAGAGAGGACAGUAGUAAAGAGUGAGGCAGGAAGCCAGAAGAGCCUGGAGGACGCCGUAGCUCACAUUCUGGGUGUCCGGGAUGUGAACAGCCUAAACGCCGAUGCGUCAUUGGCUGACCUGGGCCUGGAUUCCUUGAUGGGCGUGGAGGUCCGCCAGACUCUGGAGCGUGACUACGAUAUUGUCAUGGCCAUGAGGGAAAUCCGCCAGCUCACCAUCAACAAGCUGCGAGAGCUGGCCAACAGCAAGCCAGGUGGACAGAAUGAAGCCCAGCAGGCGACAGCUAAGAGGGACGCCGUUCGCUCUUUGUUGGAGUCUGAUCUGACCCAGCUAUUAGUCAACCCUGACGGCCCCACGGUAACGCCGCUCAACAAGAUCCAGAGCCAGGAGAGGCCACUGUUCCUCGUCCAUCCAAUCGAGGGCUCCACAGCUGCCUUUAAGACGCUCGCUUUCAAGCUCAGCGUGCCUUGCUACGGCCUGCAGUGCACCAAAGCUGCUCCUCUGGACAGCAUCCAGUCCCUGGCAGCCUACUAUGUGAACUGCAUCAGACAGGUUCAGCCAGAUGGCCCAUAUCGGAUUGCUGGCUACUCCUUUGGGGCCUGCGUGGCAUUUGAAAUGGUCUCUCAGCUUCAGGCCCAGAAUCGGCCCGUGGAAUACCUCUUCCUAUUUGACGGAUCACACUCCUAUGUGGCAGCGUACACAAAGAGCUACAGGGCCAAGUUGACACCAGGCAAAGAGUCAGAGGCUGAAACUGAAGCCCUGAGUGCCUUCAUCCAGCAGUUCACUGGCAUUGAGUACAAGAAGCUUCUGGAGACUCUUCUCCCGCUGGUGGACCUGGAGGCCCGCGUCAACACUGCGGUGGACCUGAUCACCUCUGCCCACAAGGACAUCAGCCGAGACUCGCUUCACUUUGCUGCCACCACCUUCUACCACAAGCUGAAGGCUGCUGACAGCUACGUUCCUGCAGCAAAAUACCGCGGCAAUGUGACACUACUGCGUGCAAAAACCAGCAGCGAGUACGAACAAAACCUGGGAGCUGACUACAAGCUCGGCGAGGUAUGUGAUGGCAAGGUGUCGAUCCACAUUAUCGAGGGAGACCAUCGCACAUUCCUGGAAGGAGAGGGGGCGGAGUCCAUAAGCAGCAUCAUCCACAGCUCCCUGGCCGAGCCACGCGUUACGGCGAGGGAGGGCUAGACCCGACCACACCCUCACACCCUCCACCUUCUCACUAAUUCCACAACAUUCCCAAAACAGCUCUCCUCCUUCGAUUAGGUCAGGAUGUAUAGGUUUAAUGGUUAUGUUUACAUUCUGUGCCAUUUACCCCCCAAUAACCCAAACGCACCUUAUUCCUCAUUAUUGCACCUUCUCAAUGCUCAUGGGUCAAUUCAAUCAAUGGACGCUCCCUUCAACCUAUCAGAGCUCUUAGCUGGUCUCUUCCUAUUUGGGAAAUAAAAUGUGCUGUCAGUUUGUACAGUGUAAGUUAUGUUUCAUUAUGUUGCAAUGUUUCAUUCAACCUGUUUCUUUUCUUUUUGGAUUAUAGAAGGGAUACCAAUCAGGACUGAUUAAUUAUCAGUAAUUUAUCAAAUACAACAUCUACAUUUGUCUUUAAUAAAGGAUUUUUUUUACUUUUUCCAUGGGCAAUUUUCAUAACGCAAUCCAAGAAAAUUAGCUAUUAGAUAAACAAGUAAAACAUUUAUUAUGAAUUACAUAACACAAACUAAUUCAUCACUUAAGAUUGCUGCUAGUGCAUGCUCCCUGCUCACAGGCGUCAAUGGAGGAUACAGAUUAAACUAACUUUAAGACCAAGCCUGAUCCUUCUCUGUCGUGUCUGUUGGCCAACUGCAAAUGUCUGUCAGCAAGCAGAAACAUAAAAUAGACUACCCUCAUGUCCCUACAUGGUCUGUCCCCUGCAGCUAGUCCAGCUGCUAAACCACCAGUGUACAAAUCCUGUUGAGCCCAGGAUAGCUCUGAUAUUCCCUUUGAGAGUAAAUUGGUUUCACAUACAGAGAAGGUGUGUCUGUUUUGCCUUCUGCUUCAGAGAUCACUUGAGGCAUGUGUAAAGCGCUUAUCCACAGGGAGCACCAUUAGUAUCAUAGCUGCAGUCACGCUCUCUGUUGGGACUAGGUUAAUAGGUAAUUCGCCCAAGUUACUUUGUUCUUCAGUCCCUGUGGACCACACAGUCUAUAUCCAGACACAAGCUGUAGGAUAUAGGUUUAAUACCACACACCACCAACUUGUUACUCCGUCUCAACAGACGGCAGAUAAGUGAAAGAAAUACCCAAUUCAGGAAUGUGCACUUAGCCAGUGCAGUUGGUUGCUGGACAACAUUGCAUUUGGUUGUGCCAAAAGAACCCUGAGACUCUACUUUUACCAGACGACCUAUUUUGUCAUCAGCUGAAAUAAAUGAUCACUGAUGUUGGUCUGAAAACCGUCUCACCUGCACAGAAAAUGUACAAGGGUCACCUCGUACUAUUUCAAUUAGUUAAAUUAUUAACUGUACUUAAUUACACGUCUAGAUUGUAGUAUAAUAUCUUAUACACCAUGUCCCACCUGUACUUCUCAUAUCAAAACAACUGGAAUGGAAUGCAGCCCAGUGCAGUAUAUAUGGAAGGCUAGCUCUCUGGCUGAGCAAAGUAAAAGUCAGCUGCCUCAUAGCUUUAGUCACAUUUAUGGUACUCAGCCUGUCUGGCUGCCAAAGGCUGCUUCGUAGUUGUACACUAAUGCAUGUUUACGUUCGAAGGAGGAGUCAUGUAUUCUACUUUAAAUGCUUUCACUGUACAUGUACAUGUCCUUUACCCAGUGAAACCCCAGAGCGCUCUCUCUCUCUCUCUCUCUCUCUCUCUGUAUCUGUAUCUGCACACAGACCUGUUAGACUGUAAAAUUACUCCUGACCUAAUGCACCAAUUAUUUCUGCUAAUAUGACCAUUUUGAGGCUGUUUUUUUUUUCAGUUUUGUCUUUUUUUAUUUGUUUAUUUUGUCAAAAGGAUAUUUGUUUACUUGUGUGUCAGAUUUUUUUUGUUGUUUUCAUCAUUCGUUUGCCUUGAAGCAAAGCAGCAGCUGCUUGUACUGUUAUUGUUGUCAACUGAGCCAAACCAAACCAAAACCCACUCAAAUAAUGAAAAGCCUCUAGAAACAUCAUGUGCUGCAAACACAGUAUGUCAGAAGAAAGUGUUUUCACAGUGUGAAUGACCUCUAUAGACUGUACUGAUGGUUAAAUUGGCUGUUUGACAGGAUACAGGGAAAGGACAAUUUCUAAUUCAAUGUAAUUCUUAGGGUAAAGAAUUAUCAAUACUCGUGAAAAUGACCCCUGAUACUAAAAUGUCUAAAAUGAUGUUAACACAGAGCAACUUGUAUUUCUGUAAUGUAGUGCAGCUUCAGUUAUUAGGGCUGUGUAUUGACAAGAAUCUGCAGAUACAAUACGUAUCACGAUAAAGGGGUUACGAUUUAAUAUACUGCGAUAUAUUGCAGUUUUUAAAAAUCAAACCACCAUAUGCAUAAAAUGUGAGUAAAAAACGUUGGUAUGCAACCAGAACAGUGGGUUCUGAAUUUGAAUUUAUCCCAGUCCCUGUAACAUCCAACAUCAUAGCCCACAGUUUACGUGUUUUUGAGAAUCAAUACAAUAUCGCAAAACAAAAUAUCGCUAUACUCAAGUGUAUCUUUGGUUGGUGGGUUAUAUUUGUUGCUCUGCUCCAUAACAAAUGAUCUGUGUGAACACAAGGUGAAAGCUAGUGACAGUCACAGUAUUUUGAUAGACCCAGAGUGAUUAUAAUUAAUACAUUUGGUACAUAAAUGUCUCACUUUUAGCUUUUAGGUUUGUGUAUGACUACUAAGGCGCCUGUUGUAUGUGGACUUAACAGAUCUGAACAGCAGGCCCCUGAGCAGUAGGGGGAUCCCCUCUGUCCUAGGAUCUUUGAUGAAAGGUUGUAUCCUCCCUGUCUCUGACUCCCACUUGGUUUCAUGACCCCCAGAAAGCAGUCCAGGCCCACUGUACAACAGCCAGCCUGACUUCUGAGACCUCAAAUGUGGUCUAUGAAGGGUCAGGUGACUGGAGGCGAAUAUGGUGAUUGAUUGCAGUGAAAAGGAGAAGGAAGUGACAGUAUAUUAUGCUCCUCUCUUGUAUUGUAAUAUUUCUAGUAUGUGUUUCAACUAAUAAAGGCCUCUAGCUAAUCA